AUGUGGGUUUCCCUGUUGCAGCGGCAGCGGCCCCGCAGCGGCAGCAGCCCCGCGGGCGGGCGAGCGGCGGCGCCGCCGCCUGCGCCAGCCCGCCGCGCCGCGCCGGUGCGCGCGGCGGCAGCGGCCACGGCCAGCGCGGCCGCCCCCAAGCGCGCCGACGCGGCUGAACUGGCGGCAGAGGUGGAGCGCCUCAAGGCGGAGAACGAGGCGCUGCGGGUGGCCCUGGCUGGCUACCAAAAGUGUCCCCCUGCAGAGGUGACGGUGGCGACGGCGGCCGCGGCGGCAGCCGAGGUGGCAGCAUCACCCGCGGCGGCGCCGGCCACGGCCGCCGACAUCGUCACCCAGCUGGAGGCGGGCAUCAAGUGGCCCAGUCCGCAGGAGGGCAACUUCUGGGAGCGGCCGCCUCGGGAGGCGCCGAUGCCGCUGGGGCCGCCCACGCCAGCUGGCGGGGCCACCCGGGACCCACGCAGCUUCCACGUGGUGCACAUCACAGCCGAAAUGGCGCCCCACGCCAAGGUGGGAGGCCUGGGGGACGUCGUCACGGGCCUGGCGCGCGCCUGCCUGGGCAGGGGCCACAACGUGGAGAUCAUGCUGCCGUACUACGAGUGCCUGCCGCAAGAUGCGAUCGAGGAUCUGCGGCUGGAGCGGGAGUUUGACUGUCCCAAGGGCACCACCUUUGACGGCCAGUUCACCCUGGGCAGCCUGCGCACCCAGGUGUACACCGGCAAGAUCGAGGGCUGCCCCGUGCUGCUGGUGCGCCCCGAGUGGGGGCAGACCAACCUGUUCCGCGGCGGCCGCAUCUACGGAGGUGUCUACAACGAAGCCGAGGCCUACCUGUACUUCUCCCGCGCCUGCCUGGAGUACCUUCGCCAGUCUGGGCGCCAGCCGGACGUGGUGCACGUGCACGAGUGGCAGGCGGCCGCCGUGCCCAUGCUGUUCUGGGACGCGCCUGUGCGCUUUUCUGACGACAUGCCGCGCACCAAGAUUGUGAUGACGAUCCACAACAUGGACUCGUCUGGGGAGUGCAGGCAGGACGAGUUUGGUGCCACGGGCGUCAGCGGCGAGCUGUUCUCCACCAUCGACAAGGCCCUGGAUGAGCGCACCAUCGGGCACAACCCGGAGCGCCUCUGCCUGCUCAAGGGCGGCAUGGUCUACUCCAACGCAGUCACCACCGUGUCGCCCAAUUACGCGGCCGAGACGCUGCACGGGGGCGCUGCGGGCUGGCUGAAGAGCACGCUGGCGCUGCCGGGGGUGGCGGUCAAGUACUCUGGAGUGCUCAACGGAAUCGACACCACCUUCUGGGACCCAGCCAUCGACCCCCACCUCCCCGCCUGCUACACCCCGCAGCAGCAGGAGGGCAAGGCGCUGUGCAAGCGCUUCCUGCAGCAGGGCCUGGGCAUGACUGUGGACCCGAAGAAGCCGCUGGUGGCCGUCAUCUCCCGCCUGGUGCCGCAGAAGGGCAUCCACCUGAUCGAGCACGCGGUGCAGCGCACGGUGGAGCUGGGUGGCCAGGUGGUGGUGCUGGGCACGGGGCACGCCGACGGCGGCCUGCGCGGCCUUGCGGGCGGCGCCUUCAGGGAGCACCCCGACGUGCAGAUGCGGUUCAUGUACAGCGAAGAGCUGGCGCACCAGAUCUACGCGGCGGCAGACGUGCUGCUGGUGCCCUCCAUGUUUGAGCCCUGCGGCCUCACGCAGAUGAUUGCGCUGCGGUACGGUACCGUGCCCGUGGUGCGGUCCACCGGCGGGCUGGCAGAUACCGUCAAGGACGUGGAUACCCACCAGGGCAGCGAGGAGGCCAACGGGUAUGUGUUCGACGGCAUCGACGCCAACUCGCUCAACUCGGCCCUGGACCGCGCCCUCAACGCCUUCAAGGAGCGCCCCGAGUGGUGGGCGCAGCUGCGGGGCCGCAUCAUGCAGGACGCCAUGCGCUUCAGCUGGAACACCACCGCAGGCUCCUACGUGCAGCUCUACCAGAAUGUGACGUCCCUGUGA